CCAAUGCACUUCCUUCUUCCGGAUGGGGAGGUCCGCUGAGUAUGGCUGCCUCUGUUCUUGCUCUGAGAUCUGUCAUAGUAGCCCUUUUACUGGGCUGUUGCAGUCCAGUGAACGCGGAUGGGGUCGAGGAGCAAGCAGAACAGUUUUUUAGAAGUGGGCAUACCAACAACUGGGCAGUUUUGGUAUGUACUUCUCGAUUUUGGUUUAACUAUCGCCAUGUGGCCAAUACCCUUUCAGUUUACAGGAGUGUCAAGAGACUAGGCAUCCCUGAUAGCCAUAUAGUCUUGAUGCUUGCAGAUGACAUGGCCUGCAACCCACGGAAUCCAAGACCAGCUACUGUGUUCAGUCACAAAAACAUGGAACUGAAUGUUUAUGGUGAUGAUGUGGAAGUGGAUUAUAGAAGCUAUGAGGUUACUGUGGAGAAUUUUUUGCGAGUAUUGACAGGAAGAAUCCCAGCAAGUGCACCUCGUUCAAAACGUCUUCUUUCUGAUGAUAGAAGCAACAUUCUUAUAUAUAUGACAGGUCAUGGUGGGAAUGGCUUCUUGAAAUUUCAGGAUUCUGAAGAAAUCACUAAUGUAGAACUUGCAGACGCGUUUGAACAAAUGUGGCAGAAACGAAGAUACAAUGAGUUGCUGUUUAUCAUUGAUACAUGCCAAGGUGCAUCCAUGUAUGAACGGUUUUAUUCUCCUAAUAUAAUGGCUUUGGCUAGUAGCCAGGUGGGAGAAGACUCACUUUCACAUCAGCCAGACCUUGGCAUUGGAGUCCAUUUGAUGGAUAGGUAUACAUUUUAUGUCUUGGAGUUUUUAGAAGAAAUUCAUCCAGCUAGCCAGACCAACAUGAAUGACCUUUUUCAGGUGUGCCCUAAAAGUUUGUGUGUCUCUACACCUGGCCAUCGGACAGACCUAUUUCAGAGAGAUCCUGAAAAUGUCCUGAUAACUGACUUCUUUGGAAGUGUACGAAAAGUAGAGAUUACAACUGAGAUUGUUUCUCUGGAUCCUUUUUUAGAAACAGUGGACACCAGACUUCCUGUAGAUCAAGAAGCAACAGAACCAUUCAAAUAUACAGAACAACUUCCAGUAGCACAGAUAAUACACCAGAAACCAAAGCAAAAGGACUGGCAUCCUCCUGGGGGUUUUAUUUUGGGACUCUGGGCACUGAUUAUCAUGGUCUUCUUCAAAACCUAUGGAAUCAAGCACAUGAAGUACAUCUUCUAGAGUUAUCAAUGUGGCUGCUCUAAAUGUAUCCUUGAAUGGAAUUACUACUUAGAUGGAUAAAGAGAGUUUGUCCUCUGCCUGAAAGUUCUUGUCAUAUGCUUCUUUUCUUUGUUAUAUUAUGUCAUGUUUAAAGUAAUUAUAUGGCAAGUUUAGGACUCAGUACUAAAGAUGAUCAGUUUGACCCGUGAACUCUAUUCAGUGUACCCAUGGUGUUCCCCUAACAAUAAGAGCUUCCACUUCCAAGAAAACUAGUGUAGAACCUUGUACAUAGAUGCUCAAAUCAGUACUAAGAUAUUAAAGUACUAAGAUAAGAUUUCCGGUAAGGCAUAUCUUUUACUGAGUCCAGAAGUUUUUUUCAAAGAAGAAAAUUACAGUAUUAGUAUUCAGGGGAUUUCUCAGGUUUCUUGUGGCCUACGUGUGCAGUGCUGGGCAUGUACUUGUUUUCAGAAUUGGCAAUGCUGGUAUUUGCUUGAAGUGUAAACACUUGAGUCCAGGUGUUUUCUUAUUCCCCUUUUCCUCAAAAGAUGAGCAGAUCUUCAAAACUGUACUUACCUAUCAUGUUAGGAGGAAACAUUGUUAGGUUGAAUUCAAAAAUCAUUUCCUGAUAACAUAAGUCACUUCCAGCUGCAGAUAAAAGGGGCCCACUUGCAUUUUUGCUGAUUCCCUCCUUGUGUUACUAUCAAUAGAACUUCCUGGAAUCAUACUUCUGGAGACUGGGAUGGGGACAAGUGGAGGUCUGCAAUGAGAGAAGAGAAUUGGCACAAUCUGUCUUCCUCUUCCCCUGGAGGAGAAAAAAACCUUUGACUUUGUGCAGAAUGCAUGAGAAUAUCUUGUAUUAGGAUAUCUGUAUGUGCAUAAAGGUCAUAGAUCAAGGAAUGUGAUUGAAUAGUUGAGUGAGCAACAACCUGCCAAAAUAAUACUGGAAUAUUUUAAAUGCCAAAACAUCUUCCAAACUGUAAAAAGUUUUUUUAAAAUUUCUUGAGUAAGUCUUACAAAAUAGUUACCAUAACUGAAAUGAAAGUUCAGACAGUAUGCUGAACCUUAUUUAAGAUGUCAUUUUGCCAAUAGAAACUUAAGUCAUUUUGUGUACUUUUGCCAUGACAUAUUGAACACUUACUCAACAGAAACAAAAAUACUGUAGGAAAUAUUGAUUUACUCCGUUAAAUACAACCCUUUAGAUCAUUUGUUUUACCUAGGGCAAUUUUGCUUCUUGAAUUCCAUGAAUCAUUAGAAGUGAAACAAAAAAUGGGUCCACACAAUAACUUUGCUGCCUGAUGAAGGAAGUGCUUGAAAAUUGCGGCCUCCUAAUGUUCAGCAGAAGGUACGCAAGUGAUUUUGGAAAAUCUAAGAUCUUCAGAGCAAUGAAUGAAAUACUCAGUGCCUUAAUACACAACCUGUACAGACAGAUCAUUGUAUUAGGCAAAUAAAUUUCAUUGAGUCAAGAAUCAUAUGUACCUUCUGUUAUAGAUAUUUGUGUUCAGUGGUGGUGAUGAAUGAAAUGUGUUUGCAGAGAAAAUAAAAUAUGGAGAACAGCA